AUGGAUCCAACACCGGCAGAAGAGCUCUAUCCGAUUGCCAUCCUUAUGGAUGAGCUCAAGAGCGAUGAUACCCAGUUGCGCCUAAACGCCAUCCAUCGUCUCUCCACAAUCGCCCUGGCGCUGGGCCCCGUACGAGCCAGAGAAGACCUGAUUCCGUUCUUACAAGACAAUCUCGAUGACGAGGACGAGGUUCUGCUGGCCCUGGCGGAGGAGCUGGGCAAAGGAUUUGACGAAUACAUUGGUGGACCCGAGCAUGCCCAUCUACUGCUCGCACCCCUGGCCUCGUUGGCAGAAGUGGAAGAAACUCUCGUGAGAGAUAAAGCAGCGGAAUCCAUCACGACAAUCUGCGGCAUCCUAUCUGCGUCCCAAAUCGAACAACAUUAUAUCCCGCUCGUGUUUCGACUCUGCCACGGCGACUGGUUCACAUCUCGUACUUCAUCCGCCGCGCUGUUCUCGCCUGUUUAUCCAAAGGCGACCGCUGCCACUCAGGAAGACCUCCGCAAAUCAUUUGCAAAAUUGGGCUCGGAUGAUACCCCUAUGGUUAGGAGGGCAGCCGCCAAGUGGCUCGGGCCCCUUGUAAAGACGAUGAAAAAAGAGCACGUCAUUACAGAGGCGCUCCCGAUCUAUCGCCGACUUGCGAUGGACGAUCAAGACUCGGUCCGCCUCCUCACCAUCCAAGACUUGAUCGCCAUUGCACAGCAAUUGACACCAGCAGAAGUGAAGGAUCACUUGCUCACACAGAUAAGGCAAAGUCUCACCGAUAAAAGCUGGCGCGUCCGGUACAUGGUGUCCAAUAACUUUGUCGAUCUUGCCAAUGCGGUCGGUCCGGACCUAGUAAAGGAGGAGUUGGUCACCGCUUUCGUGAGCCUGUUGAAGGACAAUGAAGCGGAAGUCCGAACAGCGGGUGCUGCUGGGAUCCCAGAGACCGACAAUCAACCAGGCUUCUCGAAACUUGUCGAUCGAGACACCAUCCUCAACCAGAUCCUACCAUGCGUACGGGAUCUCUCCACCGAUGCCUCCCAACACGUGCGCGCCGCGUUGGGUACCCACAUCAGUGGAUUGGCCCCUCUCCUUGGAAAGGAGGCGACCAUUGAGCACCUCCUUCCUCUUUUCCUUCAUCUUCUCAAGGACGAGUUCCCCGAUGUCCGCCUCAAUAUCAUCAGCAAACUGGAGCAAGUUAACAAUGGCAAGUUUAUUGGUAUCGAGCUCCUCUCACAAUCGCUUCUCCCGGCCAUCGUCGAACUUGCCAGCGACAAGCAAUGGCGAGUCCGCCAGGCUAUUAUCGAGUACAUUCCCCUUCUCGCCCAGCAGUUGGGCAUGGCCUUUUUCGACGAGCAAUUGUCGAACCUGUGUAUGUCGUGGCUGGGUGAUAUUGUCUUCUCGAUCCGUGAAGCGGCUACCGUGAACCUCAAGAAGCUCAUCGAUGUCUUUGGAGUCGAGUGGGCGCGGCAGGCCAUUGUACCCCGCGUGGUGGCAAUGGCGACUCACCCCAAUUAUCUCUAUCGGAUGACUACUAUAUUUGCCAUAUCGGCCAUUUCGCCUAGUCUGAAUGUGCAGGUUCUUCGCGACGAUGUUCUGGACACAGUCAUUCGAUUGGCCGCCGAUCCAAUCCCGAACAUCCGUUUCAAUGUGGCAAAAACGCUCGAUGUCAUUACGACGGUCAUGGUCGCCAGUCCUGAAGGUCAAGAAGUCACAAAAACGACGAUUUUGCCGACUCUUCCAGCAAUUACACGCGGAUAA